UCACAUGUCAAAUGUCGUGAAAGUAGGAAAAUCUGAUUUUUUUUAUUAAUAGGAUAAUUAAAUUUAAACUAAUUAAAUAAUUUAAGGAUUAGUCUUUAUUCAUCAUAUCUAACAAAUUCUCAUUCAUAACUUCAGCAUGUUUAGUUCGAAACUAUUAAAUAUAGUGAAACUAAAUCGUUAUAUCAAUCCAAAAACAUUUGCAAAACAGAAUGUAUCAUUUCAAUGUGCUCAGAAGCGACACAAAAGCGACUUAUACGAGCCUGAUUACCUCAUUAGUAUGCAACCCGAUGAACCUGUCUAUAAUUUAAUAAACUUGCAACUUAAAAGUUAUGACUUCACUCUACUUGAAUCAUGUCAAAAAGAAAUACACAGAUAUGCUGAAGUAAUGGGAAUCGAAGUUGAAGAUGGUUGGGCAACACCUGCUCAACAAUUGAAGAUACAAAGAUUUAAGCCCAAUAGCACAGCUAUGGAAUCUGAAUAUCAUCUUAAUGUUUAUGAAAGGAAUGUACAGGUGUCGGACGUCCCGGCCUGGGCGCUGGGAACACUUCUUCGAGUUUCGCGCGCUCUUCUUCCCGAAGGUUGCACCCUCAACGUUCACGAACACACACAAGCUCACGAUGAAAUCAGAUACGUACCUGACAACGAUUUGAUAGAACUCAAACAACAGCUGGAGGAAAUGGGCGGCAGUCGCGCGGAACGGAAAAAGAAGAAAUAGUGUGUUGCCAUAAAAUUAAGUUUGUAGAUGUAAAUAAAAGUUAGAUUUUA